AUGAAUGAAGCAGAAGUCCUUAACUCACAGUUAAAUGACGCUGUGUACGACCAGGACAAAGAAGCUGUGCUGGAGCUGCUGGAGCAAGGGGCAGAUGUGAAUUCCAAGGUGGACCAUGGCUGGACACCCCUACAGACCGCAGUGAGAAAGGGUGAUGAGGAGCUGGUCCGGCUUCUGCUGGCCAGGGGAGCUUCCGUGCACGCCAGGAAGGACAAUGGUGGCACUGCCUUUACCGAGGCAGGGAUCGCAGGGAACGUGGAGAUCCUGAAGCUCCUCCUGGAGCGUGGCUCAGACAUCAACGAGCAGGACAACAACGGCUUCACAGCCUUCAUGGAGGCUGCGUGGUACGGGAAGGAGGAAGCCUUGAGAUUCCUCUACAGCAGAGGGGCAAAGGUGAACUUGAGGAGGGAGGCCAGUGAGGAGAGAGCCAAGCUGCACAAAGGAGGUGCCACAGCACUGAUGGACGCUUGCAGGGAGUGCCACUUCUCAGCUGUGAAAAUCCUGGUCCAGGAGAUGGGGGCUGAUGUGAACAUCCGUGACAACAGAGACAGGAACGCCCUGAUCCACGCCCUAAAGAAGGACUCAGAUAAAAGAAGGCAUGAGUCACCUGUGCCCAUAGUUAGUUUCCUGCUGGAGCACGGUGUGGAUGUGAAGAGCAAAGAUGAAUGUGGGAAAACUGCCCUCAUCCUGGCUGUUGAAAUGGAGAGCCCGGAGCUGGUGACAGCUUUGUUGGAGAAGGAUGAGAUAGACAUUGAUGAUGCAGAUGAGGAAGGCAACACAGCCCUGAUGGUGGCUGUGAACAAAGAUAAUUGCAGAAUAGCAAAGCUGUUGUGUGAAAAGGGAGCGAGGACUGACCGUGGGAACCUGAUGAGGGUUGCAAGGAACAAUCGCUCUUCCAGCAUGGAAAACCUUCUUCGUGAGCACAAGGUCAGGCUCGCCCCAGAGACCCCCAGAGCGUGGGAGCCAAACAGCAAACGCUGGAGGGCCCAGCUGAAAAAACUUGAUCAAAUGUAUCGCCCCAUGAUUGGCAAACUGAAGACAUUUCCAUACUUCCAGCAGAAAAUUCAGGAUGGCAUCUACCUUGGGCUCCACGGAGGGACAGAGGUGGCAGUGCAAAUAACCUGCAGCACAGAGGGUGACAAAGAGAAAGAGUUCCUUGAAAAAUGUUCUCACAGCGAACAUCUACUGAAGCUCUUCCAGUCCGAGAAGGAAAAAGGCUGCAUGUACUUGUGCUUCCCACUCUGGGAGAAAAACCUCCAGGAGCACCUGCAGGACCCUGAAGGCCAGAAGGAUUACAAAGCUGCUCUGAAGAUCAUCUUCCAAGCACUGAGAGAGCUGCACUCCCUCGGAUUUGCUCACCAGGAUCUACAGCCCGGGAACUUCGUAAUAGAUUUAGGUGGUAAAAUUUAUUUGGCGGACUUUGGUAGUGAAAGAAGGUCGAUUGAAGGCCAAGAAGAAUUUGUAAAGUCAGAUUUACAGGCCCUGGGCAGGCUCGUGCUCUACGUUUUAACAGGGGGUAGGAAACCCCUCCAGCAAGUUGGAAUUGAGGAUUUGCCUCGCAAUUCCCCAGAUUACACAGAGGCUCGGGACCUUGUACAAAGCCUGUUCUCUCCUGAUGAACGAGGCUUGGAAGGGUUGAGCAAACAUCCCUAUUUCUGGAGCAAUCAGAGCAGGUUCAACUUCCUGAAGAGUAUAUGGAAUAAAAUCAAAGAUGACCGAAAAAGAAAAAGUAUUUUUCGAGAUCCUAAGGCUUUUCCUUAUCCACAGUGGACCAAAAUGAUUGACAAGGAUGUUUUAUAUGUCAUGGAACACCCCAGGAAUGCAAAACCUACCAAAUACGGAAAUGAUGUCACCCAACUCCUGAGGCUCAUGAGAAACAUGGAUGAACACAAAGAUGAAGGGAUCACCAACAAAAUAGGAGACUAUGCUGAGUAUUUCCUGGAGGUUUUCCCAGAACUUACCACCUACGUGUACAACAGUUUACGGCAGAACCCCACCUGCAGCCAUCUCGCAGACUUCCAGGACCCUUCUCUGUAG